AUGAUAGAUCCACUUGCCACAAUUCAUCAUUCUUCAGCUGCUUAUGAACAUCCUAAUGAUAUGGAAUAUUCUUCGGUUAAAGCAAAAGAGUCAACAAUACAUCUAUUAAAAACAGCGCUAAAAAAUGUUCAGGACGAAAAAGAAACCUUACAGACGAAAAUCGACGAACUCGUGCGUGAACUCAACGACGUCAAAGGUGAUUUAUCGAUAUUUCGUCAAAAACGACAUCGAGCACGUAUUGGUAGUAAUACAAAAGACAGCAAUAAUAAAGAAACAAAUAAUCACGAUGACGAACAAGCAGUACUCUUACAACGUUUAGAACAAUCCAAUGAACGGAUAAACGAAUUGGACAAUGAUUUAAAAUUAAUCGUUUGUCAAAAAGAAGAACUUGAAAUUGAAAGGGAUUCAUUUAAAACAAAAUAUAAUAAAUUAAAUCAAGAAUUAAAUAAAAUUUUAAAUGGAAAUCAGAAACAUAUUGUCGAUAUAGAACUUGUUCUAUCCGAAAAUCGAUAUUUAAAAGAGAAAAUAAAUGAAUUAAUACAAGAGAAAAGUCUUCUUGUAGCAAACGCUGCUAAAUAUAAAGAUCUUCUGCAGACGCAUCGUUCAGCCUAUAAUCGUUUAGGAAAAGUGCAAUCGUCAGGAAGUAUAUUAACCCAUAAACAAGUGCGAAGUCUAAUCAACCAAAGUUACACUGUUCCUAAUACACCUGAUACUGAACAAGAUUUGCGAUCGAUCGCAGAAGCUUUAUAUGAAAAUAUAAAAGAUAAAAAUAUAACCAUUAUUCACCAAAGAAAAACUAAUAAGAUACUAGCUAAUCGUGUAACUGAAUUAGAAAAUCUUCUUGCUAACAGUAAUCUCGCUGGAAUAUCUGAUCAAACUAGUUCGCUAGUUAAUUUACUCGAUCGUACACCUACUCCAACUCUUCCCGAAGGUGCAACAUCUCAAUUCGUGAAUAGCAUCGAUGAAUUUCAGCAGCCAUCGCCGACUCAGAUUAUAAAUUUUCCACCAACAUGGUCAACAUCUCCUCGGUCGUCACUUAAAACAUCCGAAGAUGAUUUUAGUAAUAAAAUAAAAACAGUGAAACAUACUCCGACAGCAAUUAAGAAUAAACUCGAAUGUCAUCAAUCGACUAAAAUUCGAACUAAAUCGGAAAGUAUCGAUUUAGAAAUGGAUGAUCCAUUACAAUUGACUACUUUGACUUCGCCAAUUGCUUAUCUCGAAGAAAGAGAUCUGAUUCCGCCUACAUCUCCUGAUGCCGAUCAUCAUUCGUCAACUCAAGAUGAAAUCGAUCAUUUACAUGAACUUCUUAACGCUGCUAUAGAUAAAAAUAACGCUCGACAAGCAACCAAACUAACGGGUGCGAAUUCAGCAGUUACAAAUCUCACAUGCUAA